AUGUUCAGCACUUUGAAAACGCUUUUUCGGCCCAAAACUGAGGUGGUAGUCGCUCAGAUCCCUGGAUCUCCAACACCAGUGCCUUCACCUGCACCUGCUCCUCCGACAAAGGAGGAAAAUACAGAUGCAAAGAAAGCUGAAGAAAAAAAAGAAGAGAAAAGGGAGGAAAAGCCCGAACCAGCUCCUGCUCCAGAGCCCCCUAAACCAGAAGCCAAACCAGCGGAUCCAGCUGAUCCCGGAGCAGCAGCCGCAGAGGGUGAGGAUGCACCAUCAACACCAACUCCACCCUUCGUCAUCAACAGAUUCUGUGACGACCAGCUGCGAGACAUCGUGAAAAAACUACGGGAGAGGACCGAGCUUUUUAAGGAGAAAGUCAUAGACCCCUACUCCUCGUCCCCAGAGCGCAGCCCACCAAUCACACCGGUUUACCGAAAGGGAGACUGGAUCAGAAAGCAGGAAGCGGAGAGAAUAAAACGAGAAGAGGCCGAGCAGAAGAAAAAAGAGGAGGAUGCUAAGAAAGCAGCGGCGAAGAAAGAAAAAGAGGAGAAAGAAAAGAAAGAGAAAGAGGAAAAGCUGAAAGCCGAGAAGGAGAAGGCCGAUAAGGAGGCGGCUGAAGCCAUCUGCCCAAAAAUCAAAUGCACGUGCAUAGACGCACUUCUCAAACCUUUCGAAGACAUGAUGGACGCAUAUUUGGGGACAACCAUUGACCCUUUCACAGAUCGGCGGUAUAUUAAAUGGCUGAGUGUCGUGACAAUCGCUUUUAACUACAACGUUUGGCUGGCCACAGCACGUUUGUGUUUCCCGUACCACACGCCUGGGACCAUCCCCUUCUGGAUCUUUUUUGACAUCCUGGCAGACCUUGUGAACAUCGUAGAUAUCACCAUGUUUCAGCCGCGCUUGCAGUUUGUGAAAGCAGGAGACAUCAUAAAAGACAGAAUAAUGGCAAAACGGAGGUACAGGGAAUCUGCCAGAUUUCAGACAGACCUGAUAAGCAUCAUACCAUUUGAUUUGCUGUGUUUCCACUUUGGGUUUACGUCGAUCUUUAGGAUGAACCGGUUUAUGCGGUAUCAAUCAUUUUUUGAGUUCAGCGAUCGUCUGGAAAGCGUCAUGGCUAAGGCGUAUAUCUGGAGAGUUGGCCGCACUACAGGAUAUCUGCUCUUCUGUCUCCAUUUAAACUCCUGCCUUUACUAUGUAGCAUCAGAAUACGAAGGGCUUGGCAGCACAAAAUGGACAUAUGAUGGAAAAGGAAAUGCGUAUCUCCGCUGUUAUUAUUUUGCGACUCGGACGCUGAUUACUAUCGGAGGUCUCCCCGAGCCCCAUACGCUCUUUGAGAUCAUCUUCCAGCUGGUCAACUUCUUCACAGGAGUCUUCGUCUUCUCUAGCUUGAUUGGACAGAUGAGAGAUGUCAUCGGAGCAGCUACGGCGGGACAGACCUACUUCCGCGCGUCUAUGGACGCCUGUGUGGCGUAUAUGAACACCUACACCAUCCCAAAGCUGGUGCAGAACAGAGUACGCACCUGGUACAACUACACCUGGGACUCCCAGGGCAUGCUGGAUGAAUCGGAGUUAUUAGAAAAGAUGCCUCUGGUGAUGAGAACAGCCAUCGCUGUGGACAUCAACCUCACCACCUUCCAGAAGAUCGACCUCUUCAAGGGCUGUGACAGCCAGAUGCUUGUGGACAUGUUACUGCGCCUGAAAUCCAUUGUGUACUUGCCAGGAGACUUUGUGUGUAAGAAGGGUGACAUUGGGAGAGAAAUGUAUAUUAUUAAAGCCGGAGAGGUGCAGGUCAUUGGUGGACCGGACAAUAAGAUUGUGUUUGUGACUCUGAAAGCAGGCUGUGUGUUCGGAGAGAUCAGUCUUUUACAGUCUGCAAAAGAUGGAGGCAACAGGAGAACAGCAAAUGUUGCUGCUCACGGAUUUGCCAACCUUUUCGUACUGGAUAAGAAAGAUCUCAAUGACAUCCUGGUCCAUUACCCCGAGUCUCAGAAAGUGCUGGCCAGGAAGGGACGGAAACUGAUGAAGGCCAAAGGCAAAGCUGCUCCCGUCAAAGAUGAAGGAGAAAAGAAGAAGGGAUUGGCAAUGUUCGGACAAAAACCACCCACUCCGAAAAUGUUACGUGCUUUUGGAGGCUUUGGGAAAGGAGGAUUACUGGAGAAACUCAGGGCUCAAGCUGCAGAAAAAAAGAGUUGAAAAUCCAUCCAUCCAUCCCAACCUCCUAAAACAUCCAUUAAUCCAUCCACACAUUUAUUAAUUACAGUACAUCCAUCUAUGAUAGAUAGAUAGAUAGAUAGAUAGAUAGAUAGAU